AAAUGCUUAGAUUAAUUGCACUAAGCUGCAACCAAUGAAAGUUCGUUUCGCAGUGGCUUAGUUGCUCAAGAAUAUGAUCUGUCUUCAUUUUCUUAGAUUCAUGUUUUUUAUUCGGCUUCAUUUCGGAUGUUUCCGUUCAUUUUCGGAUAUUCCGUCGAUAUUUACGCGGUUUUUAGUUGAAAUAUGAAAUGUAACAAAGGUUUGGCGUUAGAAUUUUUUACAUUAGAUUAGUUGCAGUAUUUGGUACAAAUGUAAUGAUAUAUUAAUAUAGAAUUUCUUUUUGAUAAUAUUUUAACAUAAAAUUGAAAGGUACGAGAUUUACAAUAUCUUUCAUUGAGGUUAUAUGUAUUGCGGUUAGUUUGGUAAAACGUUUAGCGUCUUAGAAGCGGUAUAAAAUUAUUACGUUCUAUUUUAUUAAAUAUUUAAAAUGUCCGCUGAACUGGAUUCUGAUGAUGUUAAUAACCCAGAUAAUAUAAUGAAAAUUUUAAUCGCUACCGAUAUUCAUCUUGGUUUUGAAUAUAAUAAAAAAAGAGGACAGGAGUUAGAUGAUAGUUUUGUAACUUUUGAGGAAAUAUUACAAUAUGGUAGAAAACAUGAAGUAGAUUUUGUACUUCUUGGUGGAGAUUUAUUUCAUGAUGCUAAACCAUCUCAAACUGCAGUAUUAAAAUGUAUGGAAUUAUUAAGAAAAUACUGCUUAGGUUCCAAAGAAAUCAAACUUCAGUUCUUAAGUGAUCCUGAAGUUGCAUUCAGUCAUUGUGCUCACAAAACAGUAAAUUAUGAGGAUCCCAAUUUAAAUGUCUGUAUGCCAAUAUUCUCUAUUCAUGGAAAUCAUGAUGAUCCAAGCUUUGGCGCUGUUGGAUCAAUGGAUUUGUUAUCAGUAUCUGGUCUGGUAAAUUAUUUUGGGAAGUGGACAGACCUUACUAAAAUAUCUAUUUCUCCUUUAGUAUUGAAAAAAGGUGAAACUCAUAUUGCACUUUAUGGUUUGAGUUACAUAAAUGAUCAAAGGCUGUCUCGUUUGCUGAGAGAUUAUAAGAUGGAUCUGUUGCGCCCAAAGGACAUACCAGAUUGUUAUAACAUAUUUGUUUUACAUCAAAACCGUGCUGUUCAUAAAGAAUAUGGACAUAUUCCAGAAAAUAAAUUACCAGGUUUCCUGGAUUUCAUUGUGUGGGGACAUGAACAUGAAUGUCGCAUUAGCCCAGAGGCACUUUCAGAUGCUAGCUACUUGAUUUGUCAACCAGGAAGUUCUAUUGCAACAUCUUUAUCUGAGGGUGAAGCAAAACCUAAACAUGUUGGCAUUUUGAGUAUAAGCAAACAGAAAUUUAAAAUGAAACCACUGAAAUUGAAGACUGUUAGACCAUUUGUGUUUGACAAUCUGAUCCUAAGAGAACAAAAUAUAAGGAAAGAUUAUACCCAACCAUUGUCUAAAUCGGUAUACAAUUUUAUUGAUAAUUACAUAGAAAACACGCUUAUACCUAAAGCUGCCACACAGCUAUCUGGACAUCCUAAACAACCUAUUCAGCCUUUGAUUCGCUUAAGAGUAUUUUACACUUCCGAGGACGAAAUGUUUGAUGGAAUGCAAUUGGCGCAAAAGUAUUGCGACGAAGUUGCUAAUCCCAUGGAUAUGAUUCUGUUUCGUAAAGAAAGCACCAGCACUAAGAGAUCAAAAUCAAGUACAACCAGCUUCAAUGAUGAUCCUGAUGAAAUGGCACAAAUAUUUCAGUAUGAAGACGAUGUGGAUUGGAAUAAAACAGUGCAGGGUGGGAUAAAAAAACACUUCAGUUUAGAAGAAAAUAAAGAUAAAAUAACUGUAUUAUCUGUUAAUGGGUUAAAUGAAGCAUUAAACCGAUUUAUCGAAAGAGGAGAUACAGACGCCUUUAAAGAUAUAAUAAGCCAUCACAUGAAGAAAACUAUAGCUUAUUUAGAAACUUGUAACGUUACCAAUACCGAAAGUAUUCUAAAUGAAAUAAAAAAUUUACGUGAUAAAAGAAUGGAAAAAGAACAAGAAGAAGAAAUAGAGAUACAACAGUUCUUUAAUGAUCCAAAUAAAAAAAAAUCAUGUAAAGAUACUGUCGAUGUGAUUGACAGUGAUGAUGAUGAACAAACUACAAUGACUAAAGGCAGAGGUGCAAGAGGUAGAGGAGCACCUUCUAGAGGUAGAGGCUCACGAGGAGGUGGUCGUGGUAAAAAUAAAAAUACACCUGAUGUAACAAUUACAUCAAUUUCUUCUGGCAAACCGAAGGACCAAACAUCAUUAAGAGCUUACGUGAGAGCUUCGAACAAAAAAAAUAUCGAAAAUAUUGUCAUCGAUGAUUCCGAUUAAAAUAUAAAUAACUUAAAAACUUUUCCU